UUUAAGAAUGUUGAAACACGCCCCUGAGCAUCACGGAAGUGCGUGCAAGUAAUGUCAUAUGACUUGUUCAGAACGAGAAAUAAAAUGUUGCUAAUCUGUGGAUAAGAGUGGACCUUAACGGUGAAUGAUAUCCAAAGCAAACACGAAAUGGAGGAGAUAAGAAUAUCUCCUGAUUACAACUGGUUCAGAAGCACAGUGCCACUGAAAAAAAUUAUAGUGGACGACGAUGACAGCAAGGUGUGGUCCUUAUAUGACGCAGGCCCAAAGAGCAUCAGGUGUCCCAUCAUAUUCCCCCCUGUGAGUGGGACAGCAGAGGUGUUCUUCCAGCAGGUCUUAGCCCUGACAGGCUGGGGCUACAGAGUCAUCUCACUGCAGUAUCCUGUUUAUUGGGAUCUCUUGGAGUUCUGUGAUGGAUUUCGGAAGCUUCUCGAUCACUUGCAUUUGGACAAGGUCCAUCUAUUUGGUGCUUCUCUGGGCGGCUUCCUGGCCCAGAAGUUUGCCGAGCACACACACAAGUCUCCCAGAGUCCACUCUCUGAUCCUGUGCAACUCCUUCAGUGACACCACCAUCUUCAACCAGACAUUGACAGCCAACAGUUUUUGGUUGAUGCCCGCCUUCAUGUUGAAGAAGAUUGUCCUGGGGAACUUUGCUAAAGGACCUGUCGACCCCAAGAUGGCCGACGCAAUCGACUUUAUGGUCGACAGACUGGAGAGCCUGAACCAGGGUGAGCUAGCCUCUAGACUAACACUCAACUGUCAGAACUCCUACGUGGAGCCUCACAAGAUAAAGGACCUGGCCGUCACCAUUAUGGAUGUGUUCGACCAGAGUGCCCUGUCACACGAGGCGAAAGAGGAAAUGUAUAAGCUGUAUCCAAAUGCCAGACGGGCUCACCUCAAAACGGGUGGAAACUUCCCCUACCUGUGUAGGAGUGCUGAGGUCAACCUAUACAUACAGAUUCACCUGCGGCAGUUCCACGGGACGCGGUACGCCGCCAUCAACUCGGACAUGGUGAGCGCCGAGGAGCUGGAGGUGCAGAAGAGCCACCUGGUGAAUAGCGCCAACGACCAAUGAUGAGACUGUUACCUAGCACCUUCUCCUCUCUCCCAGCUCUGACCGACAGGCCAGAACCGGAUUGGCUGAUUCUGUGGGGCAGAACUAUGGGAACUACAUUUCCCUGACCAGCAAAACAGCCAAGAAAAUGUCAACCAUAGAAAUUAGAAUGACUCAAUUCUAUUUCUGUAUUUCUAUGAUCAACCAUCAUCACCCAGUCACCACGACUGGUCACACGGAUCCACUUGGUAAAAAGGUCAUCUCUUCACCUGAUCUUCUUCCUGUUUUUUCUACGAUAUUGAAUACAAUCAAUCCACAAGUUGAACUGAUACUAUUUUUACUUUACAGUUAAAAAUAUAUAUUUUAAUUAUCACUGUUACUGUAAAUAGAGCGUAAUUGGCUACGUUGCUUUGAGAGAAGAAACGCCAUACGAUGCCAUGUUAUGAACCUUUUGCCUUAUGUGAUAUAAAUCUCAUGCAUUUAAUUGAUGUUGCACUUUUGAAUUCCAUGUUUUUCCUUCUAUGUUUAUGGUUAACUCUGCCAACCGUGGCGAUACUUGGUAAGCUAGAAAACCUGCACUGAUUAGAUAUACUGCUGAGGAUGUUAGUCGGAAUAAAUUAUGUAUAAUGUUAAAUUUAAUUUCUAAUUGAAUAAAGCCUUCUUGAAAACAUG